AUGGUAGAAAAGACGAUAUCGGCCGUACAGGCAAAGCUACAACAAUCUUCAUUGACUUUUCAAAAAGCCGAACAAGAAUUGACCGAGAUAAUAGAAGCUCGUCAAAGGUUAGAUUCACAAUUAUCAGAAAAUGAAUUAGUCUUGCAAGAAUUCAAAUUACUGAAACCUCAUAAUACGGUAUAUAAACUAGUCGGUCCUUCUCUCGUCCCUCAAGAUCAAGAAGAAGCCAGGACGAAUGUGGAGAAACGUUUGGAAUAUAUAAGGAAUGAAAUAAAACGUGUGGAAGGACAACUGAAAGAAGCUCAAGAAAAAGUAUCAAAUAAGCGGACAGAGGUCAUGGCCAUUCAACAAGAAUUACAAAAGCUCCAACAACCCAAUCCUUGA